AUUAGACGGCGCACAUUAAGAGUUGGAUUAAUUCAAACAUGGCUGCUGAAGAGAAAGAUCCCUUAAGCUACUUUGCUGCUUAUGGAAGCAGCAGCAGCUCCGAUUCGGAAAGCAGCGACGAAGAGAAAGAAACAGAAAACGCAAAGAACCGCGCAGCGAAGCGGCCUUUUCCCACCGAAGCGAAAAAGCUGCCGGGGCCGGACGAACUAUUCCGGAGUGUCUCUCGCCCCGCCUUCCUCUACAACCCACUCAACAAGCAGAUAGACUGGGAGAGUAGGGUGAAGCGGGCCCCGGAAGAGCCUGCUAAAGAGUUUAACAUAUGGAAGACAAAUGCUGUCCCACCACCAGAGUCCUACCAAGUAGCCGAGAAGAAAGCACCGCCCCCUGAGCUGGACAUGGCUAUCAAAUGGUCUAACGUGUACCAAGACAAUGGUGACGAUGCACCACAUGCAAACCAAGCCAAGUGUUUACCAGAGGAAGAAGCUCAGGAAGAUUCUCCACCUUCAGAUGAUGAGCAAGAGAAAGCAUUUGCUACAAAAAAGCGUAAAGUCUGAACCAGGCUGUUUUUGAGUGUGAUCUAUCUGAAGAUGGGAGACACGACCUACAGGAACAUGCUAAAAGACCAUUUUUCAGAUGUUUACUGGAAGAAUUCAAUUACUGUGUGUGUGUGUUUGAAAUUCACUUGUAUCUGUAAUGUAAACACUGCAUACAUAGGUAUAAAGCACAAAUAAGAUUGCUUCCAUAGAAAUUGAUGUGUAAUGCGCACAUUUUUACUGAAGGACUGCAGUAUGUUGAUGUUGGUGAACGUACUUUUAAAGAGUCCCACCUAGCAAUAUUUUGUUCUAUGAACUAAUGAAUGUACAGUUGUUUCUUCUUGCUUUUCAAUACUGUGCUAGAACCCUUUUAUAAAGGACCGUUUAUGAAACCCUGCAUUAAAGGGGAAGUUCACCUUUCAACUUUUUUAUUUAGUACGCCAGAAAUAGUGACUUCACUGUUUUUUUUAUUUUUCGAAGACUCAAGCUCAAUAUUUCACUUUCAUUUAGGGAUGCACCGAAUCCAGGAUUCGGAUUCGGCCAAAUCCUUCUGCCGAAUCCUAAUUUACAUAUGCAAAUUAGGGGCAGGGAAGGAAAUCGCAUGACUUUUUGUCACAAAACAAGGAAGUAAAACAUUUUUUCCCCUUCCCACCCCUAAUUUCAGUUCAGUAUUUGGCCGAAUCUUUCGCAAAGUAUUCGAAAAGAGUGGAUUCGUUGCAUCCCUACUUUCAUUAGGGGUCACUAACUGUUUUUAUCUUAGCUGAUACAGUUUUUUUAAACCGCUGUUGGACACAGUUUUUUUAAACAGGUGUUGCACAAGGUCCCAUUUUCAGGUUUACUAUUUAAUAACUAACAAAAGCGGUUUUGAAAUGCGAACUACCCUUUGUAGUGUAAAUUAUUAUAAUGGUAUAUUGUGGCAAUUUUAGAAUUGUAAGUUUUGUAAAUAACUGUAACUACAUUUUCAAUGGAUAAAAGCUUUACCAAUAGUAUUUUCAAGGGUAUAAUUUUGUUUCUUUCUGAAAUAUUUUUUAUACUGUAUUUUUACAUGUUGGGAACUAAACCGUAUAAAUCCCUAGUAUAGGUGAUAUUCCUUAACUGUAUAUGGAAAUUUCAAUCAGUUAAAGGGGACCUGUCACCCUAAGAAAUAAUUUCAAAUUCUUUUCUAUCAUGUUAGUUGAGCAAAAUAAACUUUACUUACACUGUAU